AUGUGAAUUUUCAGAUUUCCCUACUGUCAGAAUACAUGAAAGAAACUAUACUGCCGUAUUAGGAGAACAAGUGAAGCUGGAGUGUACUAUAUCUGCAAUUCCGUGGAUUACAACAGUUUCCUGGCAACGUAUUUCACCUGAGGAACAACCUGUAGCACUGGAUAUUGACGAGAUAAAAUAUACAGGAUCAAAACCGAAUGACCCACACUUAUCAAUCAACGACAUCAAGAAAGAUGACGAAGGCGACUAUGUUUGUACCGUCUCAAACUUGUGUGGGAAACGGCAGAGUGCACCUACUAAGCUGAAAGUAAAAGGAGGUCCUCCAACGCUGAAUAUGAAGCCAAAAAAACACUAUAAAACUGAAGGAGACGUUGCUAUUUUAAAAUGCAAUGUCAUUGCGGAACCACCAGCAUCCGAUAUCACUUGGACAAUAGAAGAAGAAGGAUGUAAACGUAAAAUUGCAACUGACAAUGAUAAAUACUACGGUGGUUUGCUAGAAUCUCCUUCUCUGGUAAUAGAUGAAACGGAAAAAAUGCAUGACGAAGGCAAAUACAUUUGUGAAGCAGAAAAUCUUGCUGGACCAGGAAGCAAUUCAGUGCACUUGACAAUUAAUAGUAAAAGUGCAAAUACCGAAACAAUUCCUGAUGCACUUAUCUUAAACGAAGACAAUCCUUAUACAUUAGAAGAACGUGCAACUGAUUGUCAUUCAAUGAUGGUGAAUAAAUUGUCAGGAGUAAUUUAUCCAGCAUCAGAUUGUUGGGAGAAUUUCAAACAAUUAUUAAAGGGACGUUUACCUCCAGUAGUUCUUCAAAAGGACAACCUUCACUUAUACGUGCAAAAGCUCUUGGAUGCUAAUAGAAUUCAAAUUGGUCAAUAUAAACCAUUAUAUAAAGCUGUUAAAGGAGUCAAUAAGUGUGCAUCUGGCAUUAUUAAAGAGGCGGAAUCAGAAAUAAAAACAAUCCGACGUCAAGGUAGGUAUCCAUUUUUUACUGGGAAAUGAAUUACAGUUGUGGGAUCGAUGUGCACACGAUGUGCGAACGUUUAACACUGGACGAAUAUAUCUUGCGAACAUCUGUGCGCACGAUGGACGAACGUUGUGCAAUAACGAUCGUGGUUGGUGUAAAUUGAGGGAUAUCUUAAUAAUAUCCACGAUUUGGUUUUAAACACAGGUUCCUGAUUUAAAGUAGGUUAUUAUAUUUUAACUGAAUCUAUAAGCUGAGGUCUCUAUCGAUAACUUCUGCCAUCUUGAAAUUUUGUAUUUGGUGUUUUUUUCGCUACCCAAAUCGACACGUGUAUAAUUACACGUCCUAUACAUGUACCUAGACCGUAUCGUUCCUCAUCCCGGGCAAUUACGUACCUCUGAACAUCUUUGUGAAGGGGGUUAUAGACCGACACGAAUGCAAUUAACAAAUACCUGACGUCCAGUGUGUUUUAAAACAGUCAUACGGUAUCAGGGAUAAACUUUCUGUAUCAGUCACUUAUCCAAAUGUUAUUUACCAUUUUUGUUACUUGAGAGCAAGGUCUGAUUCUUGAGAGCUUAACGGUCACUGAGGUUUGUGUCACACUUUGUAAAAUUAGACAUCGUGUAAAUUAUAGUGAUCAGAAGUAAAAUAUAUAAAGUGUCCCUUAUUUCAUACGAGUCUUCCGGAUUUUUUCAUUCCGUAUUAUUGUGCUCAAUCCUGCGGAGAGGAGUGUACAACGGGGCGAACGACAAUUAAAUCGCACAUUAGUACGAACUAUGUGCGGACAGUGUACGUACGCUAUUUGAGGUGCGUUGUGCAGUCACACAACUGUAAUUGAUAUUAAAUGAAAUAUC